AUGACGCUCACACUAGUCGGACUCGGACUCGGAGCCAUACAGGACAUCACACUCAGGGGGCUCGAGGCCAUCAAGGCUGCCGACCGAGUAUUCCUGGAAAUAUACACCUCUGCGCUCAUAGAUAGCUCAAGGGAGGAACUAGAGUCCUUCUUCGGCAAGCCGGUGAUAGAGGCAGAUAGGAUCAGCGUAGAAGACCAGGCAGAGCACAUAAUACAGGAGGCGCGAGACAAGCAUGUGGUGCUUCUAGUUGCAGGAGAUCCGCUUAGCGCCACCACGCACUGUGACCUCUGCAUGCGGGCGGAACAUGCCGGAGUACAAGUAGACGUCAUCCAUAAUGCGAGCAUAAUUAACGCGAUCGGCCGGACUGGCCUGCAGCUGUACCGGUUCGGCGAGGUCGUGUCCAUACCACUGUUCGAGAAGAACUGGACACCUGACAGCUUCUACGACAAAAUUGCCAAAAAUAGGCGUGCGAAUUUGCAUACACUAUGUCUCCUUGACAUCAAGGUCAAGGAGCGGUCGGUGGAGAAUCUCAUGGCCAAUCGCAUGAUUUUUGAGCCGCCCCGAUACAUGACAGUGAAUGUAGCCAUAGAGCAAAUACAACACGUGGAUGCGGCCAAACACGAAGUAGACGCUUCGACACGUGCCUUUGGUGUGGCAAGGCUUGGGUCAAAAACAGCACAGAUUGUAGCAGGCACUUUGGAACAGCUUAAAUCGGUUGAUUUCGGAGCGCCGCUGCACUCCCUAGUCAUAUGCGCCCCGGAGCUGCACGACAUCGAGGAGCAGUACUACCAGCACUACCACUGCGAAAAGGGACGUGCACAAUCGCAACCAAAACACAGCACAUGA